UUUUUUAGUGAGGACCAGAGGAGGAAAAUCUGACGGUGGUGAUUAUUCGCGAGUUCGGCCUCCUACACAAUCAAAUAGGAGAGCUGCUGUUGAAAAAAGGAGAAAGAGAAAUGAGGAAAGGCAGGCGCCUCAGGACGAGCAGCCCCAGGAUGAGCAGGCACAGCAAAAUCUUAUGUUUGAUGCAGAACAGGAUGAGCAGCCCCAUGAUGAGCAGCCUCAGCACGAUCAUGAGUUUUAUGAUGAAUAUGACCAGCAGCAGCAACAUUUUGAUGAUGAACAUGGUCAGCAGCACCAGCCUGAUGAACCCAUGUUUCCUGGAGGUCCUUAUGAUCUUUCUGUCCUUACAGAUUAUGAGCAUCAUAUUGCAAUUAAUGUGUGGAAUGGACAGGAAAGACGUGCCUUGAAAGUUGUUUCCAAUGGCAAAAAGCAAGACAAAUUUAUUGAUAUUAGAUAUCAUUUACCUGCUCAAAUAGAUCAUUGGAUUAAUAUAUCUGGAUUACGUCCUCUGAGAAGAUGUAGUUUGCAUAUGAUUGAUGGUAACAUGAUAUCUGCUUUUGCUGAGAGAUGGCACGCAGAGACUAGUUCAUUUCACCUGCCAUUCGGUGAAAUGACUAUUACUCUUGACGACGUCAGUGGUCUUUUGAGCAUCCCGUGUACUGGAGAGUUUUUCACACCUCUCGCAAAUGUCAAUGAAGAUUUGAAAAUUGCUGCUGUUGUUGAGUUGUUGGGGGUUACAUAUGAUGAAGCUGUCACUGAGACUAGGACCAAUAGAGGGGCCUCGUAUAGUUUUGAGUGGUUGAAAGAGGUAUUUUUUAAGAAACUUCAUGAACGAAUAUAUGACUGUGCAGCUAGGGCAUAUCUACUUCAUUUGGUAGGAUGUACCAUUCUUGCGGAUAAAAGUUUUACACUUGUAUCUGCAAAAUAUCUCUUUCUGUUUCAAGAUCUUGAUAGUUGUGGUAAAUGGGCAUGGGGACCGGCUGCACUUGUUGUGCUAUAUGACUAUCUUAGAGAUAGUACAUUGCCUGCAACCAAACAGAUUGGAGGAUAUUUGUCUUUAUUUCAGACUUGGAUUUAUGAACAUUUCCCUGAUAUUUGUAAACGGGAUAUGGAUGAACAUAUUUCUUCGAUGCCACAGAUGUUUCGUUGGAUUGCAAAACAAACAUCUGAGAAUGUUGCAUAUUACAGGGCAAAGUUGGAUGCUUUGAGGGAUACGGAUAUUAUCUGA